GAGAACUUGUACUGCAAGUGCACCUGGAUAGACAACUGGUGGUUCCACCUGGUCGAGGACUUGCCACGCAUUCUCGGAUCUCCGAAAGAUGGGGACGUGAUGUUUGUCCGCGAUGUCGCAGGUAAUGCCAGCCGGAAGAGCUUGCCUUCCUGGCAGCUGCUGGAGAAGUUGGUUUUCAACGAAAGGCUGUGUCAGCACGAAUCGUCGCUGCUGGAAUUGCUGUCAGUCCAGAGCCUCUGCGUCCCCGGAGCGCUGGCCACGGACUUGCUGUGCACGCUCUACUACAGCUUUGCCUUCCGCAGCACGGAGCGGCUCCUGCUCCUUGCGGCGCGGCGCGCGCGGCGCCUGCGGCUGCUGUUCAACCAGGCCAAGGCGUGUUUGGAUGCCACUCCUUGGCCCUUCGACAUCGAAGACCUCGAAGAGUUUACCAGACGCUGGCUGGAGUUCGAGGCGGAGGUUUGGCCGCCUCAGGGGACUCCCCGUGUGGAGGAGGCCCCACCACCGCCACGCUGGACGGGGCGAAGCAAACCAAAGCCACGAAGCUCGCUACCUGCAGACCUCCGUCGGUGCAUACCUCUGCAGCGCGGGGCUGCUGCCAGUCAGAGCUCGAUGGCAGCACACUGUUGGGCCCGGCGAGCCACCUCAAUGGAUUCGAGCUGCAAGGAUUGUUGCGAUCCACGCUUUCCGCGUGGGCGGAGAGAAUGUUUCGGCGGAGUAUGGACGUUUGAGGCCUGCUGCGCACCGGACGAUCUGACGGCUGGGUGGGGGCCACCCCCGGAGGCCGUGGAGACACUGACGAGUCCCGGGAGCCAUUCGGGACCCUUCCAGCAGCUCCGGGAGCUCCGCGCAGAGCUCCGAAAGGCCCGGCAAAUGUCCGGAAAUCCUGGCCGCAGGGCGGAAAACCAGGGCACAGCAAACUGGGAUCAGCUUCGACAGUGGGUCGAGGCGCAGCUGGCUCUACCAGCCAGUGAAGGAGGUCGUCAGAAGCUCUUUCCCGAGCUCGACCUCCUCGUGUCCACGCGCGCCUGCGUGGGCCCGCAAAUGGAGUUGCCAUGGUUCCUUCUCGGCGGACGUGCAGAAGAUGCUGGUGUUGAGCUGGCGUCACGGAGUGGAGCCUUGUGUGGGCCCGGCUUGCCGGUGGCCGGAGAGCUGGUCUCCCGUCCCGGCCGCCGAGCUACGGUGCCCAGCCGUGGCAUCGAGGAGACUCCGGGGCUCCAUCGCUUGGAGGCGUACGGCCUCGAGCUCAUGGCACCCUGCCGUGUUCAAAACGCAUCUGCUGAUGGCAGAUGCUUCUGCGGAGCGGAGCCGUGCAGCACCUGGACAGAGUUCGGGCGGCAGUGCUGCCGCGAAGAUGACGGCAUCGUGUGGCAUGGGGUAGGCCUCCUUACAGGAGAGCUGCGAACCAACAUCGCACACUUCGCGCGAGAUGCCCUGUGGCUCCAUCGCCUCUUCCAAGGCAGAGAGCCACUAGAGUCCCUGAGCAGCGGACGGACCGUGGAGCAGGUGCUCACGAAGCACGCAGCCACGGAAUGCAUAGAGAAUGACCGGUGCGUGAAGACUGGGCGACAGGUUAUCCUCUCCAUGGAGCAGUUCCUGGAAGAGGUGGCCUUUCAGGACUCCAUCUCGCCUAAGCCACCCGUCUUCCAUGCAGGGCAUCCCGACCGGAACCACACGGACUGCUUCGCCGUAGCAGCGCAGCGCUGGCGGCCGUUUCCUGGAGAUGCUACGCAGGUACAGAGCUACCGUGUCAAGGCUUUGCGAAAAUGCAGGAUUACAGAUCGGGGUUUGCGGCCAAAGAUCCUUUUCGUUCGGAGGAAUGCUGCAACCCGGCGCUGGAGGGACGAGAAAGCAGUUCUCGCCCACCUGAAGGCUUUCGCGACCUCCAUCGAUGCAGAGCUUGUUUCCGCUAUCCUUGGUCACCUUUCCGUUUGUGAGCAAGUGGAGGUGAUGCACGAUGCCAUGCUGAUGAUUGCCGUCCACGGAGCAGAUUUGACGAAUAUGAUUUUUCUGCCAGCCAGUGCCGCAGUGCUCGAGCUCGGCGUGGAGUGCGAGUUGGAAGGGUCCGGCGUGGACUCAGCACACUGGCGGGGUCCAGGAACCCUGAUGAACAGUUCUGUCCGAGAUCAUGCCUCGGAUUUGUGGUUCAAACAGCAGAAAGACGGGUUGUGUCCGCAGCCUGGAGAGACUCUGGAUCCGGACGAGUGGCUACUAGGCUUCCCCAUCUCCCAGUUCGCCAAGCUGGCCAGGCAGGCGAAUUUACUCUACACCGCCAUCAUGAACUGCCGCGCGGCAAAGUGUCUUCGCGAGCAGACCCCCGGCAAGGCCUUCGACAGGACGUGGUGCAACGGCGACGACAAGAAGCAACCGUGGGUGGAGGUGGAGCCCGCCGAAACUAUGAUCCCAACCAUGUGGGUCAUCUACGAUGAGUACCUUCGGCAGUUGCUGCCGCCUCCGCUUGAGGCGGAUGGCACAGGAGCUGCCGAUCACCACCAGCAGGAGGACUCAGCGGCUGGAGCUCGA